AAUGCCUAACACCUUUCUCUUUGUCUCUAUGUGUAUCCAACUCUUAACUAUUUAAGCAUGAUUUUCAAUAAUGACAAGUAGGGGGUUCAGCAAGUAAGACCCUGUGAGUGUUAAAAGAUUUUCUAUAGAAAAAAUGGACCCUGUUUUUGUGCUUAAAUCUUAGUUUGCAGUAAUAGGACGUGAUGGUAAAUAAUGUAUUUGUUUCGGAAGAGUUACAGAGAACUACAUGUAGAUAGACUGUCAUCAAUCAAGUUCAGUUUUUUUCUGUACUACUCUGAGAAAGUCUCUCAUCUGAAAAUCUUGUUGCCAUGUUUUUCUUCUGUAACACACACUAUGUGGUGGCUGCCGCCCAAUUUCUCUGACGGGGCUGAAUUUGAAUUUGCUGCUCCGUCCUCCCGUCCAUUCGCCUGCCGGUGUUACUGAACGGGCCGAAUCUAUCCACCCCUACACCUCCCCCCUUGGCCUGGUUGAAUGAAUGACGAUGUCGCAUUGUGGUGGCUGACUGAUGGGUUAUUGAUGUGAUGGCGGUUCCGGGUGCAGAGGAGGAGCCAACAGCGCAGGAGCAGGAAAAGAUCCAGGAGUGUUGAGGAUGAUGACGAGGGUCACCUCAUCUAUCACAGUGGAGACAUGCUGAGAGCGAGAUAUGAGAUUGUGUGUACUCUAGGAGAAGGGGCCUUUGGGAAGGUCGUCGAAUGCAUUGAUCACUCUAAUGAUGGAGCUCGAUUGGCUCUGAAGAUCAUUAAAAGCAUAGACCGCUACCGUGAGGCAGCUAUGGCUGAGGUAGAGGUGCUUGAACAGUUGAAGUCCCUCGACUUGGAUAAGAGAUCUGCUUGCGUACACAUACUGGAGUGGUUUGACUACCACGGCCACAUUUGUAUUGCCUUUGAGCUGCUCGGCCUCAGCACCUACGAUUACCUCAAGGAGAACAAUUUCCAGCCGUUCCCCAUUGAACACAUCAGGCCCAUGGCGUACCAGAUCAUCAGAGCUGUGCGAUUUCUGCAUAAAAACAAGCUGACUCACACUGACCUGAAGCCUGAGAAUAUUCUCUUCAUUGAUUCGGGAUAUAAUAUGCAGUACAACCCUGACCUGAAACGGGAUGAACGGACGUUGAGGAACCCAGAUGUGAAGCUUGUGGACUUUGGUAACGCCACAUAUGAGCACGAGCACCACACCUCUGUGGUGUCGACCCGUCACUACCGGGCUCCUGAAGUCAUUCUAGAUCUGGGCUGGGGCCAUGCCUGUGAUGUCUGGAGCGUGGGCUGCAUUCUCAUUGAGUACUACCUUGGAAAUACUCUCUUCCAGACUCAUGACAGUAAAGAGCACCUUGCUAUGAUGGAGCGAGUCCUGGGCCCCAUCCCAAUGAAACUCAUGCAGAAAACAAAGAAGCGGCGGUAUAUCCAUCGGUGCAAGCUUGACUGGGAUCCACAGAGCUCUUCUGGGAGAUAUGUCAAGAAACACUGCAAACCCCUCAAGAAUUACAUGCUGUCUAAGGGCGAGGACCACCACCAGCUGUUCGAUCUGGUAGAGAAGAUGUUGGAGUACGACCCAGCGACGCGCCUCAGUCUGGAGCAGGCCCUGCAGCACCCCUUCUUCUCCUGCUACCGCAAGAGCAGCAGCAAGAGCAGCCGCAGAAGCACCAGCAGCAGCAAAAAAGACUGAAGCUCUGCCCUGUGACCUUGGUCAGGGCCUGGCUGUCACCAUGACGUUUCUCAUGGUGACAGCGCAGCCUCUACUUCCUGCCUCUCCAGGAGAGGUGUGGCCUCGCUGACUGUAUCAGUCCUCUGCCCUGCUCUGCUGUGUCCUCUCCUACGCCAGUGUGUUCUUACUCAAUCAAACUCAUCAACCAGCCCUGUUAUCUUCUGUGGCCAUUUCCGAUGUAAGGAAUUCCCAAAUUGAUUUAUAUUUAUUUGCUCAUUUAAUUCUGGUAAAAGCCUUUUUUUAAUUCAAGUCCAAUUUUGUCCAUUGUCUUUCUGCAUUGUGAAGUGAGGAAUGUACCAGAACGAGAUUAGGUUUACCCAGCAUCAGCCUUACCAGUAGUAAUUUAUUCAGCACUAUGGAUGUAAAAAAAGCUAUUGCGGGCAGAAAAUCCUUGUACAUACAUUUUGUUAUUGAUAUUUCUUUUUUUUCACUGAUUUUUGCAGUAUUGUGUACAUUUUUCUCAAUAAACGUGAAUAGAUGAUAA